AUGGAUUCAGGAACAGAAAACCAAGAUCUCCUCAUCCCCUCCAUGCAAAGCCCCACUGACCAGCCUCCCCUCCAAAACAAUUCCUUAGAAGAAAGAAGCUCAGAUCUGGAGGAGAAACCACUAGAAGAAAAAGUCAAGACUUCUUCCCAUUUAACAGAGACCAGCACCCAAAGAGGAGAAGCAGAAAGCUGCUUGAGUCAGGAGAGCUCCAGGAAGAGGAAAAGAGGCUCCAGUGACAGCCCCUGCGAUAGAGCAGAGCCCUCUCUGGGAGAGGAGUGCAGUGUGGUUUUGGAGAAGAGAGGAAAGAGCCCUGAUGUUGGCCACAGCAGCUGCAGCCAAGAGACUGGGCACGCCUGCCCCAGCAGAGCCCAGAGGAAGCGCCCUGGGCACAGGAAGCAGCCCAGAUCCAGGCCCUUGGGAGUCCAGCCACCUGUGCUGCGGAAAAGCCUGGUAACUUCCCUGUGCACCAUGUCUGAGGCCACUUAUCACAACAUCGUCCAGAUGCAGCACCAGCAGGCUCCUGUCCCACUGAGCUGGGAGCACUAUGCUCUGCUUGGGGGGCAUUUGCAUGCCCAGGUACAGACCAUCUAUACCAUGGCCACCCAGGCCGCCUAUGUCUUCCCUGCUGAGGAGUGACUCAUCCCAGCCCCACUACCAGGGCCUUUGGGUCCAGAGUGA